AGCGCAGCAGGAGGAGGGGGGAGAAGAAGAGGAGGCAAACGAGAAGAUGUGUCUGCAUUUUUUUGUAAUAUCUUUUUAAAAACGGAUUUUUUUACUUUCCUGCUGGUUAACAUCGUUAAACCAGGCAGCGACCAAAGAACAGUAUCGUACAAGUAAAAUCAGCCUCGAAUAGAAAAUGACCGAUUAACAGAUUGCUGCUUCGCUAACUUUAGCCAGCUAAAAAACAAAAAUAGCUAUUUGUGUCAUCUGACAGUUUCUGGGAAAGAAAAUAUGACAACUCUAACCAGACAAGACCUCAAUUUUGGACAAGUGGUUGCUGACAUCCUGUGUGAGUUCCUGGAGGUCGCUAUUCAUCUCAUCCUCUAUGUCCGUGAAGUUUAUCCUUCUGGAAUAUUUCAGAAGCGAAAGAAAUACAAUGUGCCUGUGCAGAUGUCAUGUCAUCCAGACCUGAAUCAGUAUAUUCAAGAUACACUACAUUGUAUAAAGCCACUCAUUGAGAAGAAUGAUGCAGAGAAGGUGGUGGUGGUCAUCAUGGACAAAGAGCAUCAUCCAGUAGAGAGAUUUGUGUUUGAGAUUUCCCAGCCUACCUUGCUGUCCAUCUGCUCUGACACAUUACUUUCACAUGUGGAGCAGCUGCUGAGGGCAUUCAUCCUGAAGAUCAGUGUGUGUGAUGCUGUUUUAAAUAAUAAUCCUCCAGGAUGUUCAUUUACAGUGCUAGUACAUACCAGAGAUGCUGCCACACGCAACAUGGAGAAGGUUCAAGUCAUCAAGGAUUUCCCAUGGAUAGUUGCUGAUGAGCAAGAAGUCCACAUGCAGGAGCCGAGACUCAUCCCACUGAAGACCAUGACGUCUGACAUAGUAAAAAUGCAGCUCUACGUGGAAGAGAGAGCCCAGAAAACAUAGGUAACUAUGUUCUCUGCAGAAAGGCGGGAUAUUGCUUCAUGAGCCAAUCUGUGACAACGCUGAGUCACGAGCCAAGGACAUAAAGCCACCUCAGAGCCGCUACAGUCCGAAAGAAAGAUGAAUGUUUGUUGAACACAUGGGAUUAGUAAGAGUGACAUGUUCCUUAUGGAAAAUGUUUGUGAGGUACCUACAUUAUGUUGCAGUUUGGGUUGGAUGUUACAUAUGGCUGACUUGUGUUGUCUUCAUGUGAUUUAAGCACAUCCCAUACACAUAUUCAUGAGAAUGGUUCUAGAUCAGUAUAACAGUAUAACAUCUCAGCAACAUCAGUCUACAAAUCAUUGGCUGUGUCGUAAAUUUACUGUAAAAUGAUCCCAAAUGGUUUUGCUAAUGCUCCCUGAGAAGAAAUAGUCUUGUCAUCCUGCUUGAAGGAUUGUUUCUUAACAGAAUACAGCGUCUCACUGAGCCAUAGCAGGUCUGUGCAUGGUGUGUGUCAAAGCUUUCAGGUGGGUUUGGAAGAAAAGGAUCUCAGUGUGUUUUCAUGUGUACUUCCACUGUUCCACAAAUGCAAAGAUGUAAUUUGCAUUUAAUUUUUACUCCUCAUAGCAUUGUGAAUUGAUAUGUAAAAAGCUAUUAAAUUUUAAUAAAACAUUUUUAAAGCACCA